AUGGUUUCGAUCAUGCAAGGAGAAAAGUAUGCCAAUUUACUGAAAACAAUUCCACUAUCAAGUGACACUGUUCAUCGUCGUAUCAAUCUACUUGCUGAUGAUAUCAAAAUACAACUUAUAGAUCGCGUGAAAGGGAGUCCCUAUUAUGCUAUUCAGCUGGAUGAAAGCACUGAUGUAGCUAAUGGAUUAGAAGGAAGAACAACCGGUGAAGAAAUUUUUAAUGCAGUUAAUACCUUUUUUGAACUCCAUGACAUAAAGUGGGAAUAUUGUGUAUCUGAGUGUACAGAUGGUGCAGCUGUAUUGACCGGCUCCAAAACAGGAUUCAAAGCAAAAGUAAUUGAGAUUGCACCUCACGUAGGCUUUGUUCACUGUAUGAUUCACCGUGAAGCCCUUGCAGCAAAACAUUUGCAACCAGAUGUAAAUAAAGUGUUGGAACAAGUCGUAACAAUAAUAAAUUUUAUUAAAGCUCGCGCAUUAAACAGUCGCCUUUUCAAAGUAAUGUGUCGUGAAAUGGGAUCAGAAUACGAAAAUCUACUGUUACAUACGGAGGAAAAUAAGUUUGUUGAUGACAGAAUCAGUGCUGAAAACUACGAGAUGUUUGCAUGUUUGGAAAAAUUUUCUGAAGAAAACAAUAUAAAGCUCGAAGAAGAAAUUAAAACCAAAAUCAUAAUGCAUCUUACAAACCUUAAGCAAGACUUGGAAAUAAGAUUCCCAGAUACGUCACACGGCGACCAAUGGAUAAUUAAUCCAUUCCCUUGUGAUCUUAACACUGUGAAGAUGAACUUAAAAGAAAAGGAGCAGCUGAUCGAUUUAAUGUCCGAUGAAAGCCUUCGAUCUAUUUUCAAAACCACGGAUCUAUCCAAGUUCUGGAUAAUGACGGAAAAGGAAUAUCCACUGUUAUUCAAAACAUCUCUGCUGAAAUUGCUGCCAUUCGCAUCUACAUACCUUUGCGAGACAGCUUUCUCCACAUUAACUGCUAUAAAAACAAAAUAUUGCUCCAGACUUAACGUUGAACCUGAUUUGAGGGUGUCUGUUUCUGAUAAUAUCAUCAUCAUUCUCUAG